AUGCGUCGCGCAUGCGAGCUACUCUCGCUUCAUGCUGCUAACCACAAUCUACCCCGCAGGCUGCGCGUUGCAGCGCAUGACUCCGAAGAGCCUUCUAAAGCGCUUCAGCAACAAGCUGGUGCUCGUGUUCGGCGACAGCAUCUCGAAGAAUUUCGCCGGGUCCGUCGCGUGCGUGCUGUACGCCGCAUGCGAGCUGCUCCCGCUUCUUGCUACCACCCACAUUCUGCCCUUUUCCCUCCCCAUUCCUCCCUUCCCGCUUCCCCCUCCCCUUUUCCAUCCCCUUCUCCCCGCCAGCCCGCAGGCUGCGCGUUGCAGCGCAUGACUCAAAAGAGCCUUCUAAAGCGCUUCAGCAACAAGCUGGUGCUCGUGUUCGGCGACAGCAUCUCGAAGAAUUUCGCCGGGUCCGUCGCGUGCGUGCUGUACGCCGCGUCGCCCGGCACCAUCCAGAAUUUCCGCAUCGCCAACGGCAACACCAAGGCGUACGGCGUCAGGGUCCCUAGUACCAACACUCGUUUCGCGUCAGUGUUCUCCAAUUGGCUGAACCAGGCGAGCGGGCUGGGCGGCAGCAUGAACCGUGUUGACCUUGAUAAGAUCGACCCACAGAUCACCGACCUCCUGCCACUGGCCGACAUUGUCGUUUUUCAGGCCACCAACUGGUGGUUCCCAGCCAUCAACAAGUGGUACUUGGGCGGCAAGGAGCAGUCCUUGUCCAAGGAGGCUGCAUACGAGAUUGGCCUCAAGACUCUGCGUGACUAUGUGGUCAAGUCGGGCUUUAAGGGCCGCGUUGCCCUGGUGGGAGUGUCCCCCUCCCACUACAAGGUCCCCGGGCUGAAGGAGGGGUCUUGCGAGACCAGUAAAAUUCUCACAGCACAGCAGGUAAGAAACUGA